AUGGGAUAUGAUUAUUGGCUGGUCCAUUUGACCUGGACACUUCCGCCCGCUGUUUUACUCACGGCGGCCUAUUGGCCGUUUUUCACAAGGCUCGAAGUUACCAAAAUCCUAAUUCUAAUAAACAUCGCCGUUCUCGCUACCAUACCGUGGGACUCGUAUCUGAUCCGCAAUCGCAUCUGGUCAUAUCCAGCCGAUGCAAUUCUUGGGCAUACAUUAUUUGACAUUCCGUUUGAGGAAAUUUUCUUCUUCAUCAUCCAGACAUACUGCACGAGCUUGCUUUAUGUCGUUCUCACUAAGCAUCUGGUCCUUCCGGCGUAUUUGCUGCCACGGAAGGGCAAUUUCACAAAAGCCAUUGGAACUGCAACAUUGAUGGUUGGAACUGCUAUGGGCAUUAUUUUCAUGUUGAGCAAGAGCCACUUGACAUACCUUGGCCUGAUCCUAGCAUGGGCGCUUCCUGUAUUGACUUUCCAAUGGCUCCUUUGCGGGAAUUUUCUCAUUUCCUUGCCAAAGAAACCUCUUCUUAUUUCCAUCUUGUUGCCGACCUUCUAUUUAUGGAUUGUUGACUUUUUCUCGCUGCAACGAGGCACAUGGGUGAUUGAACGUGGAACCAAGGUGGACAUUCGGUUUGGGGGAUCAUUGGAUCUAGAGGAGGCAGUCUUUUUUCUGAUCACCAAUGUUAUGGUCGUUUUCGGUCUGGUCACCGUGGAUCAUGCUCUUGCAAUCGCCGAGUAUGACACGGUCAUGUCCAAGCCGGCGGACAGCCGUCAACCCUCGGUCGCCCAGAUCUUCUGGUCUUAUAUGACCAGCCAGUCGAGGUCUUUCGAUGUUCGGUUUCUCGAGGGAUUGAACGCAGCCAUUGAGAAGUUGUCUCAAAAGAGUCAAAGCAUGUACUUGGGUAGCGCGAUGUUCCAGGACAGAUUACGCAUCGACCUGGUUCUCUUAUACUCUUUCUGUCGAGUUAUUGAUGAUUUGGUAGACGAAGCCCCAGAUCGUGAGACUGCGCAGGCGAACAUCAAAGAAGCAUCGCAAGUUUUGCAUUGGCGCUUCUCAACGAAGCGGCCCACCAAGCCUCUCUAUGACUAUCUGGAAGUCGAAAACAGUCCCGAGCAGCCAAGCUCUUUAUCUCCACUACUCUCCUCCAUUGCAUUGCUGCCAGUUUCUCGUCUCACCUUGACACCACUACUCGAACUUUUGACCGGAUUCGAAAUGGAUCUCGACUUCUCCAUCGAAAAGCAAGCGUUCCCGAUUGCGACUGAAUCAGAUUUACAAUUAUACGCCCAUCGUGUCGCGGGCACCGUCGCAUCUUCUCUCCUUGAGUUGGUAUUCAGCCACUAUGCAAUGGAUCAAACAAAAUAUGAUCGCGCUCAACAAGAGAGAAUCAUCAACUCCGGGCAUUGUAUGGGCCAGGCAUUACAAUAUGUCAACAUUGCACGUGAUAUCACGCGUGAUGCCGCGAUUAAUCGAGUCUAUAUUCCUACUUCCUGGUUGGCCGAAGAAGGACUCACGCCGACUGAUGUACUAGCAAGUCCGCAUGAUGACAGACUUGCCAUCUUUGAAGAUCGCAUGUUGCGAAAAGCGAACGAUGCCUAUGAACAGAGCGUGAGAGCAAUCGAUGAGCUCCCCAAGGAGGCUCGUGGUCCUAUUAAGACGACAAUUGAAAGCUACAUGAUGAUUGGGGAAAUGGUUCGCAGGAGACGGCAAGCUGGGAUCAAGGCGGAGGGAAAGUUGAAAGUCCCUUUGUGGCGGAGGCUCCGGCUUGCGUGGUGGGAGAUGAAUGCUAGUUAA